AUUUUUGUAUGAUAUAUAAGACCGCGACCGAGCAGUAUUGGCCUCAAAUUCAGUUACUGAGAAACUGUUCUUAAACUCAAGUUACGUGUACAGUGUAUGCCAUUGUCACAGUGUGUGAGUAAUUUACGCCUAGUACAUGUACGUAGGGAUAGUUAGGCCAGUCCCAGUACACGUAAACUUUAGUCACUAGCCGAUGCCUUUCUAGCCCCACACGUCAACACGUAGGGCUGUAGUGGGUCUCUUUUACAAUCUGUCUCUUAUCUGUCGCCACCACAGCGCAACUUGAACUUCAAGGCAUGUCUUUGAUGCCUGACAUCCCUACAUGGAAAAUAUAUACGGUUUUGGAAAGCUUUGUGCCUUAUGGUGCUCAUUUGAAAGUACAAACUCUGAGGAAUAUGCCGGUGUGUGUAACAUCAAUAGCACCUUCUGAGAGUGCAUGUUUCACUUGCAGUACAGCUGAUGGUGUACCUUAGGAGUGGUUUACUGAUGAGAAGUGGGAAUUUUUGUUGGUGGUAACGCUUGCGCAGGUUUGAAUGGGUUCAUACAAUGCAGUCAUAUGCAGUGUACAUGUACAUGUAUAGCGCGUAUUGUGAGUGGAUGUACAUGUACGUUUGCAAAGCGAUGUGAAUACAGGCCUAGCAGUUGAUGAUCUCACGAAUGGAUGAGCGAAACGCUUGAAGCGAUAGCAUUGUCAGCCACUGGUAUACCAUGCAGAACUACACCAUGGCCUGCAUGUCAGAUCACGGCUCGGUCGUGGACAACCUCUCGUUUGAUGACUACGACCCCAGCCAGGGGUCAAUGGACUUCUUUGGGGACUUUAUGGGUGUGGACAAGAUGGAUGAGGCCGGCUCACCCCAGCAGGAGGACCUCUGUGCCCAGUUGGAGCAGAAGGAGAAGGAUCUGAUCUUAGCUGCCGAGCUUGGCAAGGCCUUGCUGGAACGCAAUGAAGAACUGACCAGGAGACAAGAACAGAUGCAGCAGGAACUGGUAGACAAGAUGGAGGAAGUGGAACAAGAGAAAUACCAUUUACGUCGUCAGCUGGAGGUGGUUAGCGGCGAGUAUGAGAGCAAACUAUUGGACCUCCAGACUGAAAUAGCCUCCUUGCACAAAGAACUGGCCAAUCAGAGGGCAGCACAGAAAACCAUGGAAAGUCAAAAGCAGUCUGCGCUCAAUGAGUUAUCAGAACAAAAUCAACGUCUUGUUCACCAGUUGAAAAAGGCAGCUGAUGUGGAGGACGAAUUAAAUGAACACAUUCAGAGAUUACGCGAUCAGGUUCAUCUAAGACGUCAGCACUCACAAAGAGAAAACACACACGCUACUGAAGACCUACAAAAAGAGGUACAGAGAUUAUCUGCCAAGCGAGGUGAGCUGGAGAGGAGACUACACAUGGCAACCAGUGAUAGAGACUCACUAGCUUCUAAUCUUAAGGAAACUAGCGACAGAUGUGCAAUGCUUGACAAACAGAACAGAGACUUGCAGCAACAGUUGGAACUGCGCGACACAGAGCUGGCCAAGUUACGACAGGUCCACAAUGACACAGCGGAAGAGCUGGAGGAAUUACGCUACCAGGCCACGCUGAACGCCUCAACCCAGGAAAGAAAUGACUUCCAGGGCAACUCGCUGCUGUCGGAGCUAGGUCUUGAAUUGACUGGGGGAGGCCACGGAGCCCGUCCUGAAGCAACAGACAAUGGAGAAGAUGAAGAACAGGAAGACGACAUUGAAUGCGAUGUGGUGGAUGGACAAUUUUAUCAGGAGGAAGUCACAGGUACAGAGGGGACGGAGCCACAAACAGAGGAGGGUGGACAUCUCUGCUCUGCUAGAGGUGAUGGUACCGACAGUGGAAAUUUGGCUGGUAGUUGUACAUGUAACCUAGAUAGCCAAACGCUGCAGGAUGUCUUAAAUGAAGUUCAUUCCACCCUUUCUAAGCUAGUCCAUGAAUUAAAAGCCUUCCAAGUAACAAACAGCCCUAUUGGCUCACCUCAUCAUUCACCCAAAAGAGCAGCCAAUGAGAUGACCCGUAAAAGAGCACAACCAGACGAGGUCAGGACUUUGCUAAGAGAUUUAACAAGUGUCACGGAUGUUAUCACCAGGAGAAGAGACAGCUGUAGCCAGGGUAUUUCAUCGAGUGCCAAUGACAGCCAGAUUGAGGCACUGGAGAGCCACAUUGAGGCACUGCGAGGCGAGUUAUCUAGUACUCAAGCUCACAUUGAACUUCUGCAAUCAGAAAUAGACAGACAGGAGAAUGACUUGAAGAAGAAGGAUACGGAGAUAUGUACAGUCUCUGCCAGGACAAGGUACAAGCUGACCCAGAUUCUUUAUUCAGAGGUUCGAAACCUCGAGCAUGAGUUAGAGUUGGCAUGGGCCCCAGCAGCAGGGUUUACAGCGUCCUGUGAUGAGACCGAUCUCAGUAGCUUGUCCAGUGAGGAUGACAAGCUUGAGGAGAGGGGAAACUUAUCUUUGCCUGUUCCACAGAGAAAGCCAUCUGUACACUCUCUAGACCUGUCAUCCAAUGUUAGUCAAGAAGAAGUCAUCGAUCGACUGCAGAGUGAACGAGAUGAAGCCAUUCUCAGGCAAACAGCUGCAGAGCAGGCCUUGUUUCAGGCCAAAGCAGAUAUGAACAAGUUGGAUGACCAGUUGAUUGGAGCUAUUAAGCAGAAAGUGAGUUUGUCUGAACAGCUGGACCAGUGGCAGAAUGAUAUCCAUCAGCUCCUUGACCAGCGUCUCAAGAAGCAGCUGACGAGGCAAGAAGUCAAGAAACCAGACACCAAGAAACGCAAGGCUUCUCCUCAGAAGAGAUUCCCUUUCUGGAGUUGAGAUUUACCAAACAAUUGUUACAGUCCUACUGUAGGGGGGUCUCAGGCCCGUCAAGAAUUAAAUUGGCGUCGCCGCCAUGAAAAUCGUUUCAGCUGCAUAAACAGGAAACGGUCAUAAUAAUGUCAUACAAUUGUAAUGUUUUUUUUUAACUUUUGGGAAUCUGUGCAGGGUUGAGAUGCAAGAUUUGGUGCUGAUGCUAUUUCUCUUACAAGGGAAAUUUCAAGUUCUGUUGAAGAUUUUUUUUCAUCAUUUUCCAUUUGAGGAAUCCCGUCUUACAGGUAUAGCGGUUUUGUUUCUCAUUCAACAUUUAAACUGAGAAUCUGUCUUUUUAUUAUGCCGAUACCGAACUAAGAAGUACAGGAAAAGGGUUUUAAAAACGAAAAUAUGCAAACUUGAGUCCAAAAUGUAUGUACUUUUUUUACAAAAUGACCUAGACAUUGUCAAUAUUUAUAUGAAGCUGAAUGUUUUUAUCAGUUCCAUUUAUCGGCAUUAAGACAGUGCUUCCAAUCUCGUAAAUGCUAACCAAAAACAUUAGUGAACUGAAUCAGGAAUUAUAAAAAUGGACAUUCCCUUAAAUCUGGAAGGACUCAGUGAAUGCUUUUUCCAGGCUUUUUGUGCUCAGAUGUAGUGUAUUGUUGAGAGGUUGUAGUCAUUUUCAGAAUGGAUUAUGUAUUGGUUCACGUAAGGUUACGUCAGCCAGUGAAAAAGUCUCUUCAGUGGGUCAGUGAGGGUUACUUGUGUUUCUGCAGGUUGGAUGGUUGGUGUGCCGUGAUUCCACGAACACUGGCAAGAAAAACUGAUACAACUCCAUUCUUUGCUGAGGUUUUCCAAAAUGGCUGACUCAAAAAAUCAUGCUUUAGUCAUGGUUGAAAAAUAUCCUAUCCAACACAAAUCCCAAUUUUUCCAUGUAACACUAGAAACAUACAACUUGGAAGUUAAAUUUCUGAGAAUAUAAGACUACACAUUGUGUGCCCAUUUUGAUGAGAACGGCUCUCUCGAUGGUCCUGCCAUUUGGGGGGGCUCUAGCCAGUGCUGUGCUAUCGUUCACAUGGGCAGAAUCGAGACAUGUCAAUGCUGAUUGCCAUGCACACAUUGUACAGGUUCGUUCGUGAACCAUGUACGUUCUCCAGAAUAGGAAGUGUACCUCGGGAUUUCUGGAUACUAUUGCUGGUCCGUCAUGAACAGUGUGUGAGGUCAUUGUAUAAAGUCUUUAAUCUCAGGACCACCAUACAUCACCUUUGCACUACGAAUUCUAAAAGGGGAGGGGUAUUGCAUAGUGUGUGGCUUGUGUUCAGAUGUUAUUUUUUGAAGUUGAAUUAUGUUAGUCAGACGUAAUACUUGUGAAUUUUGUGCAAGCACACGCAGCAGAAUAGAUAUGUAAACCCAAGUAGAUGCUGUCAUUGGUGGAGUGAGUGGUACAUUGUGUCGUAGCUGUUGGAGUUGACUUUUGUGCAGAUUGCAUGAAAGUGCUUUGCGUAAAUUUUCUGAGCAGGGAAGAAUCUGGCUGAACCAGAUGAGUUAACUGGCCCAAGAAGGAACAGAGACUGUCGAGGGUGUGCUUACACCAGAUCUUGCCUGCCAAUGGCCAGGAGUUCACAUCACCCAUUUUUGACUGAAUGUACUCAAAUCCGGGAGCCAGUAUCACUGAACUGCCAGGCAGGAAACAUUGCUCAGCGAGUUUUUGAACGGUUAACAACUAUCAACUGGACAUAUCAACCAAACUGCUUUUUCGUGCGCUAAGCAAAUUCAAGUGCUCACCACCCCAUGAAAUGUGGCCCUGGUGCUUGAGAUCUUUGGGUGAGGACAUUUGUACAGCAGCAAUGACACUUGAGUUUCCUUAAUAAGGUUUUCAGCAUUUCCUUGCUAAUAGCAAGGUGUAUUAGCUGGGUAAGCUUUUGUUCAUGAACAUUGGCCUGGUCUUUCAACUUCCGUAUAUGAAGUGGAAAUGUAGAAUUUGUGCAAUGAAUAGUGAGUAGUUAAAGGCUGGUUUGUACUUUAUGCCAAAGCAAAGCAAAUUCGACCUCAAGAAAAGUUUGCAAUGAUAUUUGCUCUAGUUGAAAUACAUUCAACAUAUGCAAAUUCACAGUGCAAAUAUUUAACUAAAAGUCACUAAUUCGCAGCAAGUAUGAACUGGCCUGUUGGUACGUGUUGGAGAAAAUUCUUCAAUAUCAAUGUGUUGAAGUGAACAGCUUGAACACUGGAGUGAUAUUAUUGAAAUUUUGACUGAAAUAUGUUAUAUCAUUUCGGUGAUCCAUAAUUUUCAAUCAAGUAUAUUUUAUAAAAGGAAAAUCUCAAUAUAAUUUCUGUUUUGGGGUUUUUAAUAUUUUUCACAUUCAUCACAAUUUAUGUAUAUAUAUGUGGAAAAUGAUUACAUGUAUAUGAUUGACAAUUUAAACUGUACAUAGAAUUUUUCCUGUGGGUAUAAAUGUUGAUAGUAGCAUAUGUCUGAAAAUGUGCAAUACUAGUAUCAAACAAUGCAGUCACUGUAAGUUCCACUGAAAUGCAUUUGCUUUGAGAUCCACAUAUUGAUUUGCUUAAAAAGCACUAUUUCAAGAAUUUGUUUUUGCAAGUAAACAGUAGUCACAAAAAAGUUGACAAGACAAUUUGACAGCAGCUUUGUAAAACUUAAAACACAGCUGAAACUGGAAAAGAAAGCCUUCGAGGAGCGAGCUACCGAGUUCCAUUAUUUCUCCUUCCAGUGCCCAUCAAACAUUAAGUGCACUGAUCACACAGAUUCUCAUCACUAAGAUUAAGGAUCAAGUGGAACUUAUUGGUUGUUGGGCAGAAAUCCCCUUUUUUGCACAAACAAAAUUUAUUUCAAAGUGGGUACACUUGCAAUAGAUAUCACAAGCUCGUUUCCAUUGAUUUUUCUUCGUAGUUUUGUGUUCAGUAACUGUAGAAAUUGUUGUAGAAAGGAUACAUGUGUGGACCUGUGCUUUAAGAAGUGCAAGGAAUAUGUCACUUUGUCAUAUCUGCAUGGCUUGCCGGUACAGUAUGGUGGCUGUGUCGAGUAAACAUGACAUUUUGGAAUUAUUUAUUAAACUUCAUGAAAAUUGGAAUAAAUACUGUAGCUCGGAUGUUUAUUAUAUUGCACUGCUUAAA